GAUUCAAAACUCGUGGGGCGUAUAACAAUCCCAUUUUUUCCGAUGCUAAAACAGGAAAAAACAUCAGACAUGUUUCUGAACUUUCUCAAAAACCAUCAAUCCAAAACGUCUUUAUUCCAACCAUUAUAUCAACUAUAAGCAGAGCAUUAGGCUCUUCUCAAUUGUGGUCUCAGCCAGCCAUGGCAAGCAAUCACCAUUACCCUUUCUCAAACCUUACAACCGCCAUUUCCUUCCUCUUCUUCUCUUUCCUUUCUUUAACAACUUUGUCCUUGGCAUUAACUGAUGCUGAAGCCUCCUUCAUAGCUCAACGCCAGCUCCUCACCUUCCCAGAGAAUGGCGACCUUCCCAACGACUUCGAGUACGAAUUUGAUCUCGUCAUUACCUUCGGCAAUGAAAGAUUGCGAAAAGCCUACAUCGGCCUUCAAGCUCUCAAGGAUGCCAUUUAUUCCGACCCCUAUAACUUCACAGGCAAUUGGGUCGGAGCCAAUGUUUGCGCCUACACAGGAGUGUUUUGCGCACCGGCCUUAGACGACCCAAAACUUAGCGUCGUCGCCGGUGUUGAUCUUAACCACGCUGACAUUGCUGGCCAUCUUCCGGUGGAGCUUGGCCUGAUGACUGAUGUUGCCCUUUUCCACCUGAACUCCAAUCGAUUUUGCGGCAUUAUACCAAAGAGCUUUAAAAGACUUACACUAAUGCAUGAAUUCGACAUCAGUAACAACCGGUUUGUUGGAGGUUUCCCCGAUGUCGUCCUCGAAUGGCCUGAUGUCAAAUAUCUUGAUCUCCGGUACAACGAUUUCGAAGGCCAGUUGCCCCCGGAACUCUUCCAAAAGAAUUUUGACGCAAUUUUCUUAAACAACAAUCGAUUCAAGUAUAGAAUCCCUGAAACGUUGGGGAACUCUACGGUUUCGGUUGUGACUUUUGCUAAUAACAUGUUUAACGGUUGUAUUCCUCGGUCAAUCGGCGACAUGCCGAACGUAAACGAAGUUAUCUUCUUGAACAACGAGCUCAGCGGCUGUUUCCCGCCCGAGAUUGGGUUGCUUCGUAACUUGACGGUGUUGGAUAGUAGUGACAAUGGCUUCGUUGGGAGCUUGCCCAAGAGCUUUUCUGGACUAGAAAGCUUGGAAGAAUUGGACAUUGCUAACAAUAAGUUGACGGGGUUUGUACCCGAUUACGUUUGUAAGCUGCCCAAAUUGCUUAACUUCACUUUCUCUAAUAACUUUUUUAAUGGCGAGGCUCCUUCUUGUGUGCCAUCGUCCGGUAAAACCGACGUCGUUUUGGAGGAUGAAUAUAAUUGUUUGCCUGGACGGCCUAACCAGAAGUCCACUAGAACUUGCUUCCCUGUUGUGACGAAACCCGUUGACUGCAGCAAGAAUUGCGGGGACGCGUCGCCACCACCAUCACACAAGUCGUCGUCACCACCCAAGCCUUCUAUGCCAUCAACACCAAAUUCACCAUCCUCGUCACCACCAAAAUCUACCCCACCAGAGUCACCCCCGUCACCCUCGCGUACGCCAGUACCGGUGCCUGAAACACCCAAGUCAGAACCACCACCUACGAAUGUCCCGUCCUCGCCUAAGAGUCCAAGUCAGCCAAAGACUCCAGAGACACCUCCCAAGGCUCCGAUUACACCAGUAGCACCAACUCCUUCGUCUCCUCCAGUGACUCCAACUACACCAUCAAAACCAACUCCGUCUCCUCCAAAGGCUCCGACUACACCAUCAAACCCAACUCCGUCGUCUCCUCCAAAGGCUCCGGCUACACCAUCAAAACCAACUCCUUCGUUUCCUCCUGCGGCUAACUCUCCUAAGUCACCACCGUCCCCAGAUUAUGAUACCUCGCCGCCACCAGACCCUACUGAUAGAAAUCCAGUCAGAUUACAUCCUCGCUCACCGCCACCACCAGAAUCACCAACCCAGGUGCAACCGCCAUCACAGCCUCCUAAGCCACCAACCGAAUCUUCUCCACCAUCGCCCAGGCCACCAAGUCAAUCUUCUCCGCCAUCACCUAAGUCGUCGGCUAGCUCUCCUCCGUCGCCUCCUAAGGCAGACACCCCUGCUUCGCCACCAGAUUCUCCAUCACCUCAACCCAAAAAGUCUCCUCCACCGUCGCCUAAGAUGGAUAGUCCUACUUCGCCUCCAUACUCCCCAUCACCUGAACCUAAAGAGUCGCCUCCACCGUCUCCAAAGUCAGAGCAACCACCACCUUCUCAGUCGCCAUCACCCCCCUUGCCAUCGCAUCCACCUCAAUCAAAAUAUUCGUCGCCUCCACCAGUUCAAUCUUCGCCCCCACCGUUGGUUUACUCUCCUCCACCACCAGUUCACUCCCCACCACCACCUGUUCACCCUCCUCCACCGCCAGUUCAUUCUCCACCACCACCACCACCGGUUCACUCCCCUCCACCUCCAGUACACUCCCCUCCACCACCUGUUCACUCGCCACCGCCACCUAUUUACUCGCCUCCACCGCCGGUUCACUCGUCCCCACCACCACCAGUUCAGUCGCCACCACCUCCACCACCAGUCUAUUCUCCUCCGCCACCAAUGCACUCACCUCCACCACCGGUUUACUCUCCUCCACCACUGGUUCACUCACCACCGCCGCCAGUUUACUCACCGCCACCACCAGCUUACUCUCCCCCACCUCCUCCUGUGGCUGCUUCACCACCAGUGUUUGAUGACAUCAUUUUGCCGCCGACGUUCGGAUCCCAAUACUCGUCGCCACCUCCACCAGUGUUCCAAGGCUACUGAAGUGUUAGAAUGGUGUUUACAAAUGGUUUUUUUUACAGUUCUAUAGCUUUCCCAACACUAGCGCAGUAUACACGACUCAUUUUGUAACCAAAAGCCUCGUAUCAAUUAUUAAACUUCAAUUUUAAUUUUAUUUUUUUCUUACUCGUUAACUUUGGAGUUGUAGAUUUGUGUUCAAUAAAUACAUACAUAUAGAGAUAAAGUUUACUUAAUAUAGUUCUAAAUAUUUUUUAUGUGAUAA